UUCUUUAUCCGCUCGUUUAUUGUGUGCACUAUUUUUGGCGCGAAUUUUUGAAUCCAGAAACAAUAGCGCUACCAGUGUAUGUGUGAAUUUACUUAAGGAGACACAUUUAGUGCUUAGAAAAGAAAGUCAAGAAAGAAGUUUUACUCGCUCUUGCGCAUAAGGUUUGCUUUGGAAGAUUUUGACUUUGUUCGUUUUGAAAUUUCGGGAAUGUUUAAGUGUUAGAAAAAUAGUGAAGAGGAGAGUAAUCGGAGUCGUAAAGUCGUAAAUAAUAUUUAAAUUGUAUCUUUUAUACGCAACUCUUAAUCGAAAACGGAGGCCAGAUGUGUAGUAGAAUCGCCCAACAGAUCAUAUGCAGGUUUACAGUACAGUGCGGCAUUUGACUAGUAAAUGUCGAGUGAAUGUAGAUCGACAUUCAAUUUUAACAUGUGUACGAUAGUGGUUAGCGUCUCGUGGUUGAAUGCCGCGGUGUGUAUCGCAGCAAACUAACGUUUUAAAGCAACACGCUUGGCUGCAAGCGGAACGUAGUCUUUGUAAGUAACUAAGGAAGGCCUCGUUCUAGUUUAUCACGCCAUUUGUUGAUAUCAUGUAGCGCCGGGCAGUAUAAAUAAGCAAACGUUUGGCUAAGUAAAAAAGCAAGCAACAACGAAUUCAGUCUCGAGUUGAUUUAGGUUCAUUUUGUGUCGAAUUUGCUUAAAUUUAUUCACUUUAUUGCACUUUAUGCAAACGAUUAUUGAGCCUAGUAGCAAAACCACCGAAAAAAACAAAAUCUCCUGUUGCGCAUCCUCGACGGACUUUUGGUAGCUGUUUUGUUGAAGUAAUGCUACGAGGUUGUCCUACAUUUUGGCAGACAAUAUAAUAGCAUGAUUGAGCUUUUCCCGAUCGCAACAGAAUGGCGACGUUAGCAAGUUUAAAUUCAUAGUCAAUUGUUUAUGUUACUUGUUAGUAAAGCGAAUUACGCGAGUGGCUUGGCAUGUAACCGGGAAAGAUAUGCUGAAUUUGCAAGCAAACGGUAUUUCAUUGGACAUACCAGUAACUAUCAAUUUUUUUAAAUAAAUCUCUCACUUGUGCUUCCCUCCUUGUCAUAAUUGAAAUGAUACUUUUUACAUAUUUAUUUAUUAGUACUGAUUAAUAGUAGGUGCGAAUCGACUUCAUACAGCAGCAGUGUAAAGUGUGAGGGAUACGUGUUUUCGUUCUUUUGCGUAUGUUUUUGUUGUUGUGCAUCAUUAACAGUAAUAAAGCGUAGAAAGAGUUUGCUUUUAUAUCGAUGUCGUCGUGAGGUUUUAGUAUCGGAAUGAAAUAGAAAGUUUAACUGAGAUGUAAAUAAAAUUACCAGUACUGUAUCGCGGCCAAUCAAUGUAGGAACAACAGUAUGAGGUACGUGAUGGCGUUAAAUCGUGCUAACGUUCAUUGUGGAAGAAAUAAUAAAACUCGACGUAAUUUCAUGUGUA